AGCAGGAACUGACUGCAGGAGAAAAUCAAAUCAGCAGGGAUAAAAAGAAAAAUUACUCAUUGCAGUCCUUAGAUUCUUGAAACUUACCAGAGUGACAUACAAUAUAAAUUCUAAUCAUUUUUUUAAAGAGAUGGGAUAUUAAUAAAAAAUAAUAUUAAUUCUUUAGAAGUAUUUUCCUUUUCCUGAUUGGCCUUCAGGGAAGCCACACCCCCAAAAUUAAAAUGACCAAAAUACAAGCUGCAGGAAACUUAAAGACGAAAAUCUAGAUGUUGGUUCUAAUAUAAUCCCUAGGGGAGCUUUUAAAAAGUAUCAUUGCAGAGUCCUAACUCCAGACCCUUUAAAUCAGAAUCUUUGUGGAAGGGGCUAAAUUAGUCCACACAUUGCAUAAUUUAUCUCAAGUUAAUUCUAGCUGCUUUGUAUUCGCUCUACUCUGAGUUCUCUGGUUGGACAGUCAGGGACUCAGAUAAAUCACCUUUGGUUCUUUCAUCCCCACUCCCAUCACUCCAUUCCCAGGUAGGAGCACUUUUCCAGUGAGACAGUCUUAAAGAUGACUCCUGCUGAUCUGUAAAUACCUUCCUAAUGGUUCUCUUCUCAAGGGCUUCGAUAAUUCCGCCCCCUACUCCCACCAACACACACAUUUCUGUAUGAGAGAAUGCAAGGUAACUGAACAUUAUCUACCUAGUGCUAUGAUAGGUAUUUGGAUACAAAGAAAAUGAAAAUAAGUUAUUGAAUGGAAAUUGUAACUCCCCAGAGAGCUCCACAUGCCAGGCUCCUGGAAAUUGGUUCAAGUUCUGUUUGUUCUCCAGUUCUGAGGAUAACAGCAGUCCUGGUAGCUGUACUUCUUUCCUUUCUCUAGAUUGCAUCUUUACAACUUUUAAAAAUUAUGGUUGCAUUAUAUGCUUAUUGUAGAGAGCUUUAAAGUAGAAGAAUUACAAAUAACAAAAUUAAAAUCUUCCAUGAUUCCCCCUCUUCCUUAUUCCAGAAAUAAGCAUCAUUUACAUCAAUUAGUGUAUAUUCUUCCACUUUAUUCUUUGUGUGGAAAUAUGUAUUCUAUUGUAAAUAAUUCGGUCAUGUAAUAUGUGCAUUUUUCUAACUUGCUUUUUAAUCUUAAACCUUAUGUUCUGAGCAUUUUUUGUGUGUCAUCAGGCUUCAAAAUCAAGAUUUCUAUGUGUGAAGCAAAGCCCAUCAUAAUGACUUACCAUCAUUUAUAUAACCAUCCCUUACAUUAGAUCUUGAUUAUUACUCCUGACAUUUGCCUUAUUUUUUCUUUUUUCCCACUAUUUCUCAGAAAGCAAGAUCAGUCACCAACCUGGUGAGUCCAUGCUUAUUAGUAUUCCUGACUGAUGUUUGACACUGUAGCCAGUAAUUUCCCAGGACCACAUAUGACAUGUGGAUAUGUCGAUACUGAGCCCCGAAUCCUCUCUUCCUUCUUUGUUCUCCAAUUUUUGUACCCAAUACUUUCUCCAAGAGUGAUGAUAAUUGUUUUUCUACUUUUAACCUAAGCCACACUUCUUAAAAAUCCUGACGUUUACAUCACCAUCUUCCAAAUGUGUACACAAGGAAGAUUCAUCAUUUUAGUAGCUAACUUACACUGAGUGUUUACUGUGUCUUUUGUGCUAAGAGGUUUAUAUGUAUUUUUAAAAUCUGAACUUUGUGACAAAAAUGCAACACAAAUGCUACUAUUUUCUCCAUUCUACAGGUGAAGAAAGUGAGGCUUCUUUUGAGUAAUCUGAUUAACAUCAUAGAAAGAGACAAAGCUUGCCCUAAAUCCCAGAACUAUUUACUUGUAAAUAACUGUUUAUUAUCAUUAACAGCCUAUAUUUAUUAUUUAUUCAAAUUUUCUUAGUUUUAGCCUAAUGUCCUUUUUCUGUUCCAGGAUCCCACCCAGGAUACAAUAUUACAUUUAAUCAUCACUCUUCUUAGACUUCUCUUGGCUGUGACAGUUUCUCAGGCUUUCCUUGUUUUCCUUUUUUUUUUUUAACAAUAUAGUCCCCUCAUCCUCUACAAGACCAUAGCAACUACAAUUUAUUGUGCACUGCUGUGAGUGGCUCUGAUCUUCUCAGUAACCCUCCAAAGUAGUUAUUAUAAUCCUUAUUUUAUAGACAAGAAAACUGAGGCUUAGAGAAAUGAAAACUAAUGAUGCAGGUCACAAAGCUAGUAAGUGAUGGAGCUUGGAUCCUAACCCAGGACUGUCUGACCAUGAGUGUCAUGUUCCUUUAAAUACUCUAGUUUAGAUGGCUUAUGUAUAUGUGCUUUUAAAAAAUAAAAUUUAAUGUUAAUAUCAGAGUUAGCAAGCCAUAAAGAUCUAUAUUUGGCCCAACUCUCCUAUUACCCAAGCUCCUUUUAUAGAUUCCUCAACAAAAGGUUCUGAGCUCAUGGUCAGAAGCCAUCAGUGUCAUUCAGCUGUUUCACAAAGCAUCCAGUCAACUGUUGAACAGUUCUGAUCAUUAGAGAGAGCUGUGUGUUCCUCCAAAUGGUUUUUGUCCUUCAGUCUUAGUGUGGCUCUUAGGAGCCAAACACAAUCAUCUAAACUUCUACCUAAGAACUGCAGCCAGCCACCAUGUAUCCCCCUAGCUCUCUUUUCCUGGAAAAGCAUGGCGUAGUAUGAAGUCCUGUCAACAUCCUAAAAUCCCGAUUUAAACCACAGUUCUGUGUAGAAUCUCUAUUUAGAUGCAAGUCCUUAUAGUGCAUUAUAGUAUAGCAAUGUGCAUGCCCUAUACAAUCAGGGCUCAGUAAUCGUCCCUGAUGACUGUCUCCCAGCUUACUGGUAAUCUCUUACCACCACCACCAUUACUGCUCUUCAUCUCACUCCUCACCCACUACAGUUCUAAAUAAUCGGGUUCAAAGGACCCUAACACUUGACACUCUUCCAGCCGUUUAAACGGGGGAGUUCUCUCUAGAAACCCCCUGAGACACAAGUUUGGUAGGUGAGUGAAACAUAAGGGGGAUACUUUCUCUGAGUUUGACAGACAAGUUAUUGGGCAAAGAGAGUGAGCCAUGGACACUCUGAGGCAGCUCCUUUCUCCCCGACUUUCCCACAGCGCUGAGGCAGCCACAGAGCUCCCUCGUUGAUCUGCCUAGGACAGACAGCGCAGGGCGGGGCAGGGACGACGCGCCAGGAACUGGGCGGGUUCCAAGCAGCUGGUUUCCCUAAGAGGCGCGGUGGGGGCUUGGGGACUGCACAGCGACACUAAGGCGCCAGCAGCCGCCUCGCCAGAUGCCCUUGUGCCUGCCCCUCAGACAGGUGCUCAAAGCAAAUAAGAGAACGAAAGAAGCAGGUGAGGGAGUCAGAAGACAUUGUAGAGGAGUCCUUAUCAAAGUUCUCUAGGUGUUCCUCGCACCCCCUCCGCCCCGUGCCUGCUCUUCGUUGUCAAUACAAUGGACAGCGCCCGCGAAACCACUCAAAUGCGCUUGGAUGCCGCUGGCUUUUGGCAGGUCUGGCAGCACUUUGACGCGGAUGAAAAAGGUUACAUAGAAGAGAAGGAGCUUGAUGCUUUAUUUUACCACAUGUUGAUAAAACUGGGUAGCGAGGAUGCAGUCAUGGAAAAAAAUGUGCAGAAAAUGAAACAACAAUUUAUGGCUACCCAUGAUGUCUCUAAAGAUGGUCGCAUACAAAUGAAAGAGCUUGCCUGCAUGUUCUUGUCUGAGGAUGAAAAUUUUCUUCUGCUCUUUCGCCAGGAAACCCCUCUGGACAGCAGUGUGGAAUUUAUGCAGAUUUGGCGCAAAUAUGAUGCCGACAGCAGUGGCUUUAUAUCAGCUGCCGAGCUUCGUAACUUCCUCCGAGACCUCUUCCUCCAUCAUGAAAAGGCCAUACCUGAGGCUAAACUGGAAGAAUAUACUGGCACCAUGAUGAAGAUCUUUGACAAAAAUAAAGAUGGCCGGUUGGAUCUUAAUGAUUUGGCAAGGAUUCUGGCUCUUCAGGAAAACUUCCUUCUCCAAUUUAAAAUGGAUGCUUGUUCUACUGAAGAAAGGAAGAGAGACUUUGAAAAAAUCUUUGCUCACUAUGAUGUUAGUAAAACUGGAGCCCUGGAAGGCCCAGAAGUGGAUGGGUUUGUCAAAGACAUGAUGGAGCUUGUCCAGCCCAGCAUCAGCGGGGUGGACCUUGAUAAGUUCCGGGAGAUUCUUUUGCGUCACUGCGAUGUGAACAAGGAUGGAAAAAUUCAGAAGUCUGAGCUGGCUUUGUGUCUUGGGCUGAAACUCAACCCAUAAUCCCCAGACUGCUUUGCCUUUUGCUCUUAGCCUGUUUCUGAGCUUCUGCUGGUAAACUGUAUCUAUGCUUCACUAUUGGGGACACAGUAGGCAAACUUUCUAACAAAUGGUGUGGUAUUCUUGGGCCAGUGGACCUGGGACUUGAGGGCCUUCUUUUUAAUGCUAUGGUAUUUUCCUGCCUUUACUGGAAGCCCCCCGACGUAGCAUCUGUGUUAGUGUUCCCUUGACCCUGGGCUUUCCUGCCCUCCAAAGACUCAGCUGACCUCCAGGAUCUGUUUGGCUUGUCUUCCCCUAGUUACCAGCUGAGUGCGUCCAACUGAGCUUUUUUGUGGGCUUUUCUGCUGAAAGGUGUGUGGCAUCUGUGGCAGCUUUGUAACUUCUACAAAUAGAUUUUCAAGUGAAAAUAAACCCGUAGCUGGAAACAAAGAUGCACUGGUGCUUGUUUUUGUGUUGUGAUCUUUAGAGUGUUCUACCUGCUGGUUUGAUGGACAAAAUACUUCUCUAACUUGGGGUGGGAGAAGGAGGAGAGAGAAAGGUGAGAUCCUGAUGGAAUCACAUCACCAAUCCUUCUACUGUAGUUGUCAGGUGCCCAGAUGAGUUAGCCAAUAAUCACGUUUAUUUCAUCACAUGGAGAAGACCGGAACACUUGUCCUGGGCUGCAUUUUGCUUUAAGUUCUUUGUGAACUCACUUGGCCAGUAGGUGGGAAUACAGAAGAAAUAUGGAGAAAAUGUUUCCCAGGUAACCCAAGUAUCUAUUAUCCGCUCCAGCCCGCCCCCUUCCAAAGUUUCCUCUAGUGAAUCUGGGACCACUGAGGCCUUCUCCCAUGCCUGCGAGCAUCGUGGGCCUCUCUGCAGCCUGAGGGCUUCCACAUGGACCAGACCCUCCUCCCGUUACUCCUGGAACCCUGACUCAGUCCCCCAGAGAGGGGACUGCUUUCUCCCGGGGCAGAAGCAGAGAGAUUGAUUCCUUUAUUCUCCUUACACUUUAUUUUCCAUAACAUCCCUACCUAAUACCAAACUGUGAAGGAACUUCAAGUUUAAUGAAAUGUUAUAGGUAAUUCAGAAAAAACAGUAGUGUAGCAUGGUGCAGUUAGAGCUGUACAUUACUCAAGAAAUUCUACCAUUCAGAGAUUCCCCUCCCUGGCAUACACUGGUCCUAACCUGGUUCCUUUUCCCCCAGGUGUCCCUUAUCCCCAACAUACAGGUAACUAAUAUCAAUAAUUACUAUUUACCAAGUGCUUUCUGUGUGCCAAGAACUUCUAGGUGCUUUCCACACCUUAAGUAAUUCGUUAAGUAAUAUUCGUUUGUAUGGUUACUCCACACUUUGUUUAUCCAUUCACCUGUUGAUGGACACUUGCCUUGUUUCUACCUUUUGGCUAUUGUGAAUAAUGGUGUAAUAAGCAUUGGUGCACAAGUAUCUGAAUUCUUGCUUUCAGUUCUUUCGUAUGUAUAGCUAAGAAUGGAACUGCUGCCUCACAUGGUAAUUCUGUGUUUAUCUUUUUGAAGAUCUGCCAAAGUAGUUUCCAUAUGGUUGUGCCAUUGUAUGUUCCCAGGAGCAAUGUAUGAGGUUCCAAGAUUAAUCUUCUGUUUCUAAAUAGAGCCCUUCCUGAAACUGCCUAAAAUAAAAACUGGAUCCAAAGCUGA